AUGAGGGUGAGGGAGUAUGAGGUCCUUGCGGUCGUCGAGACGGACAAGGUGAGCGUCGACAUAAAGGCUCCAGCAGACGGAGUCGUCCUGCAGGUGUAUGUGGCGGAGGGCGAGGUGGUGAUGGAGCGACAGCCCGUCUUUCGGCUGAGAGAAGAGGCGGAGCCUGGCGCGGACGAGCAGGCCGCCGGGCGGGAGUGGGCACGGCGGUACGCAAAGAGGCGGGAGGACGAGCCCGGCGCGCGUGACGCCUUCAUCAGUGCAUUGGGUGCCUUUCGGGCGCUCUCCGAUAGCGGCGCGCGGCGGCGGCACUGA